CGAUGCGCACAACAAACUAAUAAAUAUCCCCGGCCAUGCAAAUUCGUAUUUAAGCCAGCGUCGUGCCAACUUUGGGGACCCGCGGAUGUGGUUUUUGGAUUUGGGUUCGGAUGGGGCUAUGGAUGCGGAUGUGGAUGUGGAUGCGGGCAACCCCUUCCUGGCGACUUGGCCCAAACAAUUUGCCCAGAAAUUGUGCGUCCGUCUUGGGAUAGUCGCGAAAAAACAAUGCGGUCACUUUAGAGAAGUCGGCCUGUACCGGUGUACAGAACGCUAGAGAUAUGGAGGGAAGUUGAGACAAAAGGCGCUUCAUCAGCAACAACAAUGACAGCUAACAAACAACCGUUAAGUGCCGCAACAAAUCGCCAAAAAUUGAAAACUGUGGGAAUACCGCUCCACGCCAGGGACGCCGCAAAAGCCACGCCAAGCUCACACAUAGCUACAAAUCUCGUUUGCCCACAGUGGGACGUAUACACAGCGAGAAAAUUUAUGAUCCUCAAAAAGUUAGAAUCUCACAGUAAUAUUUAUUUAACAAGCCAAUAUAUUUAA